AUGAAUCAUUCGGAUCUUGAGGGGCUGCUGAAAAAGGUGGAGGAGGACUAUGCUGUCACCACCAAGAAAGCUCUGUCAGAUGACUCCUACGAUCUAGAAGAAAAGGGCAUCGAUGACCUCCACGAAACCACGGUCAAGGAACUGAAACUCAAUAUCAUCGACCGGAUCGCCGCCAAAUUGAAUGCCGAAACUAAAGGUAUCGACCUUAUCACCGAUGAAGAGAAAACCGACAAUUCGCUCUGGGGGGCGGCCCUGAUGUGGCUUUCCGCUAACCUCGUCAUCGCCACCUACGCCUUGGGGGCAUUGGGUAUCACCGUGUUUGGCCUUUCCUUCUGGCAAUCGGUGCUUGUCAUCAUCUUCUUCUCGUUCAUGGGGGUGGUCCCCGUCGCCUGGUUGUCGAUCUUCGGGCCUAAGAUGGGGUUGCGGCAAAUGGUGCUUUCGAAAUUCUUGUUUGGUGACAUCACCAUGAGAAUCUUCCUGGUGAUCAAUUUGGUCGCCUGUGUCGGGUGGGGUGCGGUGAACAUUAUGUCGUCGGCGCAAUUGUUGAAUAUGGUGAACAACGGGGCCGUGCCUCCUUGGGCGGCGUGUCUCGUGUUCAUUGGGGGUACCAUCAUGGUGACGUUCUUCGGUUACCACGUGAUUCACUUGUACGAAAAGUGGUCAUUCAUCCCUAAUGCCGCCGUGUUCAUCGCCAUCAUCUGUCGUAUGGCGAUGCUGGGCAACUUCACCUGGGGUGACAUGAAAGGUGGUCCCACCACUGCCGGGAACGUGCUUUCUUUCGGUGGUGCCGUGUAUGGUUUCGCCACUGGGUGGACCACAUACGCCUCUGACUACACCGUCUACCAGCCCCGUAACGCCAAUUCCACAAAGAUUUUCUUUGCCAUUCUCGCCGGUUUGUGGACUCCCAUUUUGUUCACGAUGAUUUUGGGUACCGCCUGUGCCACCGGUACUUUAUCCAACACUCGUUGGGCCGAACUUUACAAAACCAAGUCCGUCGGUGGUUUGGUGUAUGCUGUUUUGGUUGAGGACUCGUUGCAUGGUUUCGGUCAGUUCUUGAUGGUGGUGUUGUCGCUUUCGACCAUUGCCAACAACAUUCCUAACAUGUACUCGAUUGCCCUUUCGGCGCAAGCCAUCCACCCCAUUUUCGAAAAAGUCCCCCGUAUUUUCUGGACGAUUUUCGCGAACUUCGUCACCUUGGCCAUUGCCAUCCCCGGGUACUACUCGUUCGAAGAGGUAAUGGACAAUUUUAUGAACUUGAUUGGUUACUACUUGGCUAUCUACCAAUCGCUAUUUGCUCUGGAACAUUUUGUGUGGAACCACAACAAAUUCAACUACGAAUACUGGCGCUACAAGGACCGCAAGGCGUACCCGUUGGGGCUUGCCGGUACCUUUGGCUUUUGCUGCGGUAUUGCCGGUGUCGUCAUUGGUAUGAACCAAGUGUGGUUCUCCGGCCCGGUUGGUCGCCUCAUUGGUGAUAACGGGGGUGACGUUGGUUUUGAACUUGGGUUCGCUUUUGCAUUUGUCGGGUACAACGCUACCCGCGGGUUCGAAAAGAAAUACAUUGGUCGUUAA